CUGUGUCUGCAGCACCAGAAGUGAACGACAGGCGACCCGGAAGGUCUGAACUCCCUCCGAAGGCAAAGCCGAAACAACAUCUCAACCUUUCAAUAAAUCUAAUAAAUCCGCCGUCGAGCUCUGUAAGAAUGGCAGAACCUAGAUUUAAUAAUCCAUACUUCUGGCCUCCUCCGCCGUCUAUUCCUGGUCAGCUGGAUAAUCUCGUGCUGAUUAACAAGAUCAAAGAACAGCUAAUGGCGGAGAAAAUCAGACCUCCGCACCUGCCGCCCACUUCUGUCCCUUCCCAGCAGCCCUUGCUGGUUCCACCCACAUCCACAGAAGGCGGGCAGCAGAAUAUAUCGACGCCCAAGCUGCAGCAGAUGCCAGGACUCCACGUGCACAACAGCUCUCAGCCCGACAUCGCCCUGCACGCUCGACCCGCCUCCAGCUCCGUCGCAGGUCGCAUUCUGGGGGACGUCAACUUGAAUCUGGACGAUAAGGCUGCCAUUAAAGCAAGGGGAUUGUGGGAAGACUGGCAUUUGCGGCAAAUCAUAGACCAGCCGUCCAGAGCGAAUCAUCUUUCAGGACUGUCACUGACGUCUUCUCGAAACACAUCAGACAGCGUGACUCCGACCACCCCGACCACUCCAACCACCAGCAGUCAGACUCUUUCCCCAAACCUCAUCUCAGGACUGGCCGGCGGGCCCGGGAUGGAGGCUUUCAAAAACAGCGGAGGACUGGCAGGACUGCUGGGUCCCCCUCCCAAGAGCAUAGGACGGGGUCGCAAAAAGAUCAAAGCUGAAAACUCCUCCGGGCCGCUCUUAGUCGUUCCCUACCCGAUCCUGGCCUCGGGAGUCGACCAAUCACCCAGCGGCAUCCCUGCCAAGGAGGGCAAAACAUACAGAUGUAAAGUGUGUCCGCUGACGUUCUUCUCCAAGUCGGACAUGCAGAUACACUCCAAAUCCCACACGGAAGCAAAGCCCCACAAGUGCCCUCACUGCACCAAGUCCUUCGCCAACGCGUCCUACCUGUCUCAGCACCUGCGCAUUCACCUGGGAGUGAAGCCUUAUCACUGCUCCUACUGCGAGAAAUCCUUCCGCCAGCUCUCCCACUUACAGCAGCACACCAGAAUCCACACAGGCGAUCGGCCGUAUAAAUGUCUACAUCCAGGCUGUGAAAAGGCCUUCACGCAGCUCUCCAAUCUGCAAUCCCACCAGAGAUCACAUAAUAAAGACAAGCCUUACAAGUGCUCCAACUGUUACCGCGCGUACUCUGACUCCGCCUCCCUCCAAAUCCACCUAUCGGCUCACGCCAUCAAAAACGCCAAGGCGUACUGUUGCAGCAUGUGUGGGCGCGCAUACACCUCUGAGACCUACCUUAUGAAGCACAUGUCCAAGCACACGGUGGUAGAACAUCUGGUGAGUCAACACUCGCCACAAAGGACCGAUUCCCCCAACGUUCCCGUUCGCAUUUCCCUCAUCUGAGCUCCGGGUCCUGCGGUCAGUCUUUCCCAAUCUUGGCAUAAGCAAGCAAAAUCGCCUGUUCUUGGUGGUUUGACUUUUUUUUUUUUUUGGUGUGUGUGUGUUAGUUUGUUUAAUUUUUGAGAACAUUCCAAAAGGUAUUAGACUGUGCGGAUAGAGGCUGAAAACACAGCGGCGACUUCGGGAGGUCGAAGUUACACGCGUCACUCUUCUUGAACUCGUUGUUGGGUUCGAUACGGAAUAAUCGGGAAAUCCAAAGAUGGUUUCACAGCACUUUCAGGCCACGCAGGUUUGGCUUUAAACGUUUCUGGUCUGUUAUGACAAUAAAGGCAUUGCUCUUGGCAGCUAAACGUUUGGGACUGUAGGUAUUAUGCAUUAUAAAAUCAGAAGACAUACUUUGGACCAAGUCCAGUACCUCCUCUCUUAUUUUUCUAUGCUGUCUGGGAAAAACACCCUUCUCUUGGGCAACUCCGAGUUGGUUUAGAGACCAAUGGUCUUGUGUUUUGAUAAUGUUUUUCUUUCCUUGCUUGUAGGGAAAUUGUAUUAAAAUACGUUUAGCAUUCAAGUAAACUUCUCUGUUAUAAACCUGCAGAGGACUUUACUGACAAAUCAGCACAUUUAGAUGUUUUCUUAGUGCUUUACAAAAAUGUUUUGUGGUCUGGUGCCAAAAAUGAAAUAUGAAAAAUGGCGUGAACACAGAAUUCACACUUUAAAAAAGUGUAAACUUGCACCAACUCAAGUCAGCAUGCAUUUGAUGUUCUCGAAACUGUCAGGAAAUGUCCACAAUCUUAUAUUUUGCAUAAAGAAAAUGAAGGUUUAGUUUUUUUUUUUGCAUUAAUCCCCUUAUUAUUUAAAUCGUAGAGUACACUUAUUGUUGUAUUUGUAACACUUUACAAUAAGGUCUCACUAGUCAACUAACAGCGAUCAAUGUAUUUUAUUAAUCUUUGUUAUACUAUGGGACGGUUGAAUGCUUGAAUCUGAUUGGUUGGCACACGUUCAGGCCGAAUGAUUUCUGUUAUUUCAAAGGUUUAGUAAAUAAUUAUAGUAAACAAUAGGAUAAAAACAACUGAUUAUGUACAGAAAGCACAUAUCAGAUGUAAUGUUUUGUUAAUAAAAUGUUAGUUCACAGUGCAUUAACUAAUGUUAACAAAUGAAACCUUACUGUAAAGUGUUAGCAUUGUACUAAACUUAGCUCAUGCUUUUAUUUUAAUAUUAAUUUGCCCAGACAGUUUUUAUUACUGUAUAACAGUAAUGUGAUUUAAUUUUAUUUUCCCUCCAAACCAGUACAUUUUUUUUUCUCUACUGGUUUGGAGGGAUUUUACGAGAAUUUAAAAAAAAAAAAAAAAAAAACCUUAAAUGGUUUCGUUUAGUUUUAUUCGUAUUAAAAAUUCCUACUUUUCGUUUAAUUUGGGGUUGAAAUAUAACGUGGACAUGUUCUUGAAAUUCAGCCAUAUGCCGUUUUAAAUUUGACACAGGACAGGGGGAUAAUAUCUGGAUUACAAUGCAGAGUUGCCCAUGAGAUUUGUGUAGCUGAAUUGAUGUCUAGAAUACCUCCUUGGCUUAUUAUACAUGUUUAUACUUAUUACCAUGUUUAAAUAUUAACAACUAACAUGUUGAUUUUACACAUUUUUAAGCCUUAACCAUUUUAUCACUAGUUGUUUACCAUCACAUUUUAUAUAUUUUAUACCAUAUUGGUGUUUACUUGUGUAUUCAGUACUUUUUAUGUAAUUUUAUUUCCUAGCAUGAACAUGCUGUAAAUAAACUAUACAGUACUUAAGUGUUAACCAGUUUAUAUAAAAUGACUACAUGUCUAGUUAUUAUAAAAUAUACCUUUUUAAUUGUCUUGAAAUGUGGUACUCGAUAAGAUCCGCCUUGGCUGCUAAAUGCAAAGUCAAGACACGCCGAUGGAACGGACUUUGUAAAAGUAAGCAAAUAAAUAUAUGAGAAAAUUCUG